AUGGGCACCCUUAUGGACAUAUUCUACUCGUUCACCAACUGCAUUUCAUGCUUUCCCCAAUCCCCACAACUCAAGAUCAAUAACCGGAGCUUCCGCAUGCUGAGGCUACUCGGCGAGGGCGGCUUCUCAUACGUGUACCUUGUCCAAGACACCUCCGAUUCGUCGCUGUAUGCUCUGAAGAAGAUCAGAUGUCCCUUCGGCCAGGAGUCUGUCUCACAAGCCCUCAAAGAAGUGGAAGCAUACACACUCUUCUUCCCGAAUCCCAACAUAAUACGCAGCAUCGACCAUGCUACCAAAGACGACAAGGACACCAAGGUAUCUGGCAUCGGCGACACAGGAGGCACUGCGAAGACCGUCUACAUCUUACUCCCAUACUACCGACGCGGCAACUUGCAAGAUAUGAUUAACGCCAAUCUUGUCAAUCACACGCGUUUCUCGGAACACCGGCUCAUGGUAUACAUGCUCGGAGUGUGUAACGCGCUUAAAGCAAUGCACCAAUACCACGUACGGCCCAACAGUAGCCAGGCUGCCGCGCGAGCCAUCCGGGAAGAGGCAGCCAACGAAGAUGCAGAUGCCGCCAGGCGAAAAGCACGUGCCCAGAAACGGACCAUGACCGCAGACCAGCAACACCAUGCAGAUCUCGCAGAAGAGCAGGGAGCCCGCCUCAUGCCGGACGAGGUCACACUUGCACAGGAAGGGAAAGCUCCUGGCGAGACGAGAGCGUAUGCUCACCGAGAUAUCAAGCCUGGCAAUAUCAUGAUCGACGACGAUGGCGAGACACCUAUACUCAUGGAUCUAGGCUCACUUGCACCAAGUCCAACGCCAAUCACGAGCAGGAGUAUGGCUCUCGCGGUGCAGGACACGGCCGCUGAGCAUUCAACCAUGCCUUAUCGUGCCCCAGAGCUCUUUGACGUCAAGACUGGCAGCGUCAUUGAUGGCAAAGUCGACAUCUGGUCGAUUGGGUGUACGAUGUAUGCCUGCUUGGUCGGCAAGUCACCUUUCGAGGCUCGCUCCGACGAGACUGGCGGUUCAUUAUCGAUCUGCGUACUUGGCGGUGAUUGGCGCUGGCCUGGGGAGGGCUCUGCGGCUACCGGAGCAAAAGGCAAAGCGCCACAGCAUGCCAAUGGCGAUGCAGCCGCGAAGUCGUCGGAACCGCCCUAUCCCUCUCCGGCGGUCAGGGAGAUCGUUCAGCGCUGUUUACAGGUCGAACCAAACGAGCGACCCGACGUCGAUGAGUUAAUGUCAUCACUCGCGAUACCCGCCUUCGACAAAGACCGCCCUGGCUUUGGCAAACGGACCCGCUACAGCAAGAAUCAAAGCGAAAACUAUGUACGGAAACUACCAGGUCCAGGUGAAUAUUGGAUUCAGAGGCCUGAAGACGACGCUACUGAUGCGGCGUACCUUUGGGGAACCGCUCGGGAAGGCUCUGGACAUGCGACAGCGCCAGCAGAUGUGGUCCAGCGAGGUGGCGAUGGCGUCGCUGAGCAUGCCUCAGCUUCGCCGGAGCAAGAGCAAAGUACUGCAGCUAAUUCGCCGGUCCUGCCGGAAGGCCAGCCUGUCAUUGAGUCCUCCAAAACCUGUGCCUCCUACUUCGCCACCUGA